GGGCGCUGAGGGCCUGAACUCCUGGCUCUGAGGGAGGAGGGGCUGGGGACCUGGCCUCCCUCGUCCGAGGGAGGGGUGCCUGGGGGCACAGAUCCUUCCCACUACACACCCCUCUCUUUAAUUUCAGCUGGAGAGCCCCGCCCCCCCGACCCAGUUACCCCGAGCCCUGCGGAGGAGCCCAGACAGUCGCCAGGAUGGAGGAGGUGCAGGAGGGACGCGAGCUCGGCGCCCGGAUGGAUACCGAGGAGCCCGCGAGCCCCCAGAGCCCCCGGGAGCCGCCCUCGCCACCGUCGCCACCUCCACUGCAGUCGCCGCCGUCGCCCGCUACCCCCGAGAGCCCCGGUGUGUCCCCGGCCGAGGAGCCGUCGGAGGCCCACGCGCGGCAGUUGCUGCUGCAGGAGUGGGGGCCGCCGGGUGCGAGCCUGGAGCUGCCGCCGGGCCUCACCUGGAAGCUGCUCUUCCUGCGGCGGCCGCUCUACCGCAACCUGCUGCGCUCGCCCAACCCCGAAGGCAUCAACAUUUAUGAGCCAGCGCCCCCUACUGGCCCCACUCGGCAGCCCCUGGAGACACUGGGCAACUUCCGUGGGUGGUACAUUAGGACUGAGCAGCUCCAGCACAACUGCAGCUGGACGGUGAAGCAUCAGUGUGUGGAUCUGCUGGCCGAGGGGCUGUGGGAGGAGCUUCUUGAUGAUGAGCAGCCAGACAUUACUGUCAUGGACUGGUUUGAGGACAGCCGGCUGGACGUGUGUGUCUAUGAGUUGCACGUCUGGCUGCUGGCAGCUGACCGACACACCAUCAUUGCUCAGCACCAUGUGGCCCCCCGGACCUCUGGGAGGGGCCCUCCUGGCCGCUGGGUCCAGGUGUCCCACGUAUUCCGCCAGUAUGGGCCUGGUGUGCGUUUUGUCCACUUCCUGCACAAGACGAAGAACCGCACGGAGGCUGGUGGGCUGCGGCGAACAAGGGUGACUGACUCCUCCGUGUCUGUGCAGUUCAGGGAGUGACUGGCUGUUUUGACCCCUUGUCUCAUCCUGAGUGUCUGACUUCAUCGCCCUCCCCGCACCCCCCCCCCACCCCCCGAACGUCUGAAUCUUUGGCAUUUCCCCUGCACUCUCAGGGCUCCAGGAGGGCAGGGACCAUGUCUUCCCAAGGCAGUGCUCGACAGAUACUAGGUGCUCAAUAAACCCUUGUUGACUAAACCAGUAAACACCUGUGCCCAAGGAUUCUGAGUAUUUUGCCAUCUUUGCUCCUUAGAACUUCACUGAGCUCCCAGCCCACUCACACACCCUCUGCUCUGUGAUCCUCCAGCACCUCACACCUCCUCCACCUCCCACACCUCCCUUGACCUCUGAUCUCUUCACAUACCCCCACCUUAUGGUCUCUUAGCAUCUCCACCUUCCUCCUUCCCCCACAUUUCUUAGCUCUCAGAAUCCCCCCGAAUUCUCCUCCUCCAUCCAACCCCAAGUUGUCUUUCCCCGUGAGCUGUCCCCAUAUCUUUCCUUCCCCAAGACCCACAAUUCUCUUCUUUAGCUUCUCCUAAGAGCCCCCAAACCCAGGUAUCCAUCAAGGGCCCCAUCCCUGGGGGUGGGGGUGAGAAUAGGUUGCAAAGUCACAUUUGCAGAAAUAUGCAAAUUUGCACUAAAGUGUCUUCCAUGUGUAGGGGAGGGGAGGGUUGAAGGAUUAAAUAACCCAUAAGUCCUAGGCUCUGGCCAGAUCUCACAACAGACCCUGACCUGGCCUGGGCUGGUCCUUGAAGG